AGCCAGCUGGGGGAAGAUGCCAAAAUGGCGACCGGCAACUACUUUGGAUUCACCCACAGCGGGGCGGCGGUGGCGGCGGCUGCAGCCCAGUAUAGCCAGCAGCCAGCUUCUGGUGUAGCCUACUCUCAUCCAACUACAGUUGCUAGCUAUACUGUCCAUCAGGCUCCAGUAGCUGCACACACAGUUACUGCUGCCUAUGCACCAGCAGCCGCCACAGUUGCAGUUGCCAGGCCUGCUCCAGUAGCUGUGGCAGCUGCUGCAACAGCUGCUGCUUAUGGAGGCUACCCUACUGCACAUACAGAUACUGACUAUGGUUAUACCCAGAGGCAACAAGAAGCACCACCACCACCACCUCCAGCUACUACACAAAACUACCAGGACUCGUACUCAUAUGUAAGAUCCACAGCUCCUGCUGUAGCUUAUGAUAGUAAGCAGUACUACCAGCAGCCCACAGCAACUGCUGCUGCUGUAGCUGCCGCUGCCCAGCCUCAGCCUUCUGUUGCUGAAACCUACUAUCAGACCGCUCCCAAAGCAGGUUAUAGUCAAGGUGCAGCUCAGUAUACACAAGCCCAGCAAACUCGACAAGUAACAGCCAUAAAACCAGCCACACCAAGUCCGGCUGCCACUACUUUCUCCAUUUAUCCUGUAUCUUCCACCGUUCAGCCAGUAGCAGCUGCAGCAACUGUGGUGCCAUCCUAUACCCAGAGUGCUACUUAUAGUACCACAGCAGUUACUUACUCUGGCACGUCUUAUUCAGGUUAUGAGGCAGCGGUGUACUCGGCCGCCUCCUCCUAUGCUGCUGCCGCCGCCACUGCUGCCACCCCCGCCUGGACAGGGACCACCUUCACUAAAAAGGCGCCAUUCCAGAAUAAACAGCUGAAGCCAAAACAGCCUCCCAAACCGCCCCGGAUUCACUAUUGUGAUGUUUGUAAGAUCAGCUGUGCUGGACCACAGACUUAUAAAGAACAUUUAGAAGGACAAAAACAAAAAAAAGAAGCUGCAUUGAAAGCCUCACAAAAUACCAGCAGCAGCAACAGCUCUGCCCGUGGGACUCAGAACCAGCUGCGCUGUGAGCUCUGUGAUGUGUCCUGCACAGGAGCAGAUGCAUAUGCUGCCCACAUUCGUGGUGCUAAGCAUCAGAAAGUGGUUAAAUUACACACGAAACUUGGUAAACCCAUUCCUUCAACAGAACCAAAUGUUGUCAGCCAAGCUACUUCUUCAACAGCUGUGUCUACUUCAAAACCAACAGCCUCUCCUUCAAGCAUUGCAUCGAGCAAUUGUACUGUGAAUACUUCAUCAAUUGCAACUUCUUCAGUGAAAGGUCUUACAACUACAGGAAACUCGUCUCUAAAUAGCACAUCCAACACUAAAGUAGCAGCAGUUCCUACAAAUAUGGCUGCCAAGAAAACCUCUACACCCAAAAUAAACUUUGUUGGUGGUAAUAAGCUGCAAUCAACAGGAAAUAAAACAGAAGACUUAAAAGGAGCUGAAUGUGUUAAAAGCACUCCUGUCACUUCUGUUCAGAUACCAGAAGUAAAGCCAGACACAGUGUCAGACCCAGUUACACCUGCAUCUCUUGCUGCGUUGCAGAGUGACGUGCAGCCAGUGGGCCAUGAUUAUGUGGAGGAGGUACGAAAUGAUGAAGGAAAAGUAAUUCGGUUCCAUUGUAAAUUAUGCGAGUGCAGUUUUAAUGAUCCCAAUGCUAAGGAGAUGCACUUAAAAGGGCGAAGACACAGACUUCAAUAUAAAAAAAAAGUAAAUCCAGAUUUGCAAGUAGAAGUAAAGCCUAGUAUUCGAGCAAGAAAGAUUCAAGAAGAGAAAAUGAGGAAGCAAAUGCAGAAAGAGGAGUAUUGGCGAAGACGAGAAGAAGAAGAACGCUGGAGAAUGGAAAUGAGACGUUAUGAAGAGGACAUGUACUGGAGACAAAUGGAGGAAGAACAGUAUCAUUGGGAUGAUCGCCACCGAAUGCCUGAUGGAGGCUAUCCACAUGGUCCCCCAGGCCCAUUAGGCCUUCUGGGAGUCCACACAGGCAUGCCUCCUCAGCCACAGGGGCCUGCACCUUUACGUCGCCCUGACUCAUCUGAUGACUGUUAUGUGAUGACAAAACAUGCGACCAUUUAUCCAACUGAAGAGGAAUUACAGGCAGUUCAGAAAAUUGUUUCUAUCACUGAACGUGCUUUAAAACUUGUUUCAGACAGUUUGUCUGAACAUGAGAAGAGCAAGAACAAAGAGGGAGAUGAUAAGAAAGAGGGAGGUAAAGACAGAGCUUUAAAGGGAGUUUUGCGAGUGGGAGUUUUGGCAAAAGGAUUACUUCUCCAAGGAGAUAGAAAUGUCAACCUUGUUUUUCUGUGCUCAGAGAAACCUUCAAAGACAUUAUUAAGCCGUAUUGCAGAAAACCUACCCAAACAGCUUGCUGUUAUAAGUCCUGAGAAGUAUGACAUAAAAUGUGCUGUGUCUGAAGUGGCAAUAAUUUUGAAUUCAUGUGUGGAACCCAAAAUGCAAGUCACUAUCACCCUGACAUCUCCAAUUAUUCGAGAAGAGAACAUGAGGGAAGGAGAUGUAACCUCAGGUAUGGUGAAAGACCCACCGGACGUCUUGGACAGGCAAAAAUGCCUUGACGCUCUGGCUGCUCUACGCCACGCUAAGUGGUUCCAGGCUAGAGCUAAUGGUCUGCAGUCCUGUGUGAUUAUCAUACGUAUUCUCUGGGACAUCUGUCAGCGAGUUCCAACUUGGUCUGAUUUUCCAAGCUGGGCUAUGGAAUUACUAGUAGAGAAAGCAAUCAGUAGUGCCUCUAGUCCUCAGAGCCCUGGUGAUGCACUAAGAAGAGUUUUUGAGUGCAUUUCUUCAGGGAUUAUCCUUAAAGGUAGUCCUGGACUUCUGGAUCCUUGUGAGAAAGAUCCCUUUGAUACCUUGGCAACAAUGACUGACCAGCAGCGUGAAGACAUCACAUCCAGUGCACAGUUUGCUUUGAGACUCCUUGCAUUCCGCCAGAUACACAAAGUUCUAGGCAUGGAUCCAUUACCCCAAAUGAGCCAACGUUUUAACAUCCACAACAAUAGGAAACGAAGAAGGGAUAGCGAUGGAGUUGAUGGAUUUGAAGCUGAGGGGAAAAAAGACAAAAAAGAUUAUGAUAACUUUUAAAAAGUUUCUGUAAAUCUGCAGUGUUAAACAACAGGUGCCCCAUUUGUUGGCUGUUUUUCAUUCAUAAAAAUGUCUACUUCAGAAAAUUUAUGAAUUUCAUGAAAGAACCAAGUUUUUCUGUGACAUUAAAAUCUUAAUGUACAGUGUUAGGUAUAUGAAUGGAAAGACACACACCCCCAUGUUUGCCCCACAAAAACCUGUGCUCCAACUAGGGGAAAAACUGUGGUUCAGGUUUUUUCUCCUUUAUUUUGGUUUUAUUACUGGUUGCCCUAGCUCUCCCUAUUUUUGUGUCUUUUAUUAACUAGUCUUAUUAAAUCUUUACUGUAUUUAAUGCAGUAUUUGUGCUUCAGUUGCUAUGUGUAUUUUGAUGUUUUUAUUUAGAGGGUUUGUUUGUUCUUUGACACUAGUUAUUUUGUGUUACAGAUCAUAUCCUUUACCCCUUCUUAAUAUUUUACAGCAGUACGUUUUUUGUAACGUGAAACUGCAGAAUUUUUUUCCUUUUGUUUUGUUAUUCUAUAUGUGAUGGAUUACAACACAAAAAGUUAUCCUGCCAUUUAAGUGCUCAGAACUGAAUGUUUCUGCAGAUCUUGUGGCAUUUGUCUCUCUAGUGUGAAUAUAAAGGUGUAAUUAAGAAAGAUUUCUGGUAAUCUAAUCAAGUUUGCUGUUAGUUGUGCAUUAGCAGUAUAAAAGCUAAUAUAUACUAUAUGGUCUUGCAACAGUUUUAAAGCUUCUGCAUUAUUGAUAAUAAAAAUGCAUGACAUUUUUGUUUUUAAUAGACUUUUAAAAUUAUAAUUUUAGGUUUGACACGUAGAUCUUUGUACAGUUGACUUUUUGACAUAGCAAGGCCAAAAAUAACUUUCUGAAUAUUUUUUUCUUCUGCAUAAGUGGAAAGGACAUUUUUCAUAUAAGUGGGCUAACCAAUAUUUUCAAAAGAACUUUAUCAUUGUGCAACUAACAACAGUAACUAGCCCUUAAUUAUGAUGACAGUUCCUUACUGGUGUGUGUGAGAGUACUCUAGCAACUAUUACAGUAUAACACAAUUGAAUGAUUCCUGCUCCGCCCCCAUAUCCCAUCACCCAGAUACUUUACAGUUCUAUUAACAGUGAGGUUGAUAAAGUAUUACUGAUAAAAAUUAAGAUUAAGGAAAACAAAAUUAUUUGGUGUGGCCAUCUUACAUGCUUAUGUGUCCUACAAAAAGCUAAAUAUUCUAGCAGUGGUGUAAUGAAAAGUUACACCUUACCAUUGAUGUAUGUAUGCUCUGGUACACAGAGGUCCUUUGUUGUCACAGCACUACAGUGAAAUACACAAAUAAAAACUUAACUUCAAAAAAAAAAAAAAAAGAA